CGAAAUGAUCAGGCCACGGUUAUUUUAAUUACAUCAGUGUGUUACAUGACAUCAUAUCCAUUUUGGCAGGCGAAGCAUGGAUUGUGAUUGGUGCAGAUUGACUGGACUACAUGAAUUAAAAGUGAGUGACAGAAUAUAAAUUGCCUUGUAACUUUGAUUUUUUUUUCUACAGAUACAUAUCUAUUUUUUUAAAAAUGAGCACAAAUAACUCCUUGCCUUCUCAAUGGUUUAACGCUCAAGAAAUCGUUGAUUUAAUGAGACCUAUGGUUGAAGAGGUUGUUAGUUCUAUUGUUCCCAAGCUGUUGAAAGAACAUACUCAUUUGCCUGAAGGUAAACAUUGUGAUUGUUGCAGCCAUAUCAAGAAUGCAUCAAGAUCAAGUAACAGGACCGAUAUUGGCCCAAAAUCUACCCAAGAAAAAGAUGCAAGGGAAGCCGUGGCAAUGAAACUUCGCAAAACCAUCACAAAAGCCAUGGAUUAUUACAAAGCAAAGUUUUCUGAAUAUGGCUUUGAUGACAACAUGAAUCAUUUGGGUAGGAGAACCAUCGAAAAGCCAAACACCUCUUACACGGUCCAGCUCGUUAUCGAUUCAACAAAAAAGUAUUUCAAAGGUCUCGAUGGUUCUGUCAAUUAUGAAAACAACAAUAAAGCUUUGUUGGCUUUAGAGGGUAAAGCUCAAAAGGCGUAUCACAAUACUCAUCAUCUUUGUCGAGAAUUUUUGGCUGCAUACCUCGGAGACAGAUUUGGUGUUAAUGGCGUCAAUUGGUUGAAACUCAAUAAGCAUGAACGAAAAGAGAUUACGUAUAUGAUUGAAAGCAUUGUCUACUAUUGGAACAAACGCUCUGGUGAUUCAGGGAUUCCACCCGAGGAUGAUGCUGCCAGUCGUAUCUUUGAUCUUGAUGUUAAUACGCCAAUGGUUCCAUUGCAUCUUGCAGACGCAAACUGGAUCGCUUGUGAGAUGGUGAAGUCUUUGUUGUUGAACAAAAAAAAAGAUCGCAAAAUUAAUCACAAUCUUUUUGACAAUGUUCGUGAGCCCCUUUCCGGAUCGAUGUUGGGUGGUAUGGCUAACCUCCGUGUUAAUUCAAGUAAUGCCUCUGGUCCCUCUCUUUCAUCUUUUACGCGUACCAUGUCCACGGAUGACAAUGCUUACGAUGAUAUUCCGAUGGAAGCUUACUCGAUCACAAACGAUGAAAUUGUUCCAACUUUCUCUGUUCCUUCUAAGCCACCUACCACACCUACCUCAUCUAUGCCACCUACCUCAUCUAUGCUACCUACCUCAUCUAUGCCACCUACCUCAUCUAUGCCACCUACCUCAUCUAUGCCACCUACCUCAUCUAUGCCACCUACCUCAUCUAUGCCACCUACCUCAUCUAUGCCACCUACCUCAUCUAUGCCACCUACCUCAUCUAUGCCACCUACCUCAUCUAUGCCACCUACCUCAUCUAUGCCACCUACUCCAUCUAUGCCAUCUAUGCCAUCUAUGCCACCUACUCCAUCUAUGCCAACAAUCACAUCAGUACCCUCUCCUACUUCUGAAUUUUUCGCAUCUACCUCUCCCCCGACAUCUUCCUCGCUUCCAGUCAUACCUCCCCCUUCACCUUCUUUACCAUCUCCUUCACUUUCAUUACCCCCCUCUGGCCCCAUGGCUUCAUCUACUCCUUCUGGCUCGUCUGCUGUCUCUACUUCUUUGCCUGUCUCUUUGGAUGUUGGUGACAAAAAUAGCAAGAAUAACAAAAGAAAAGCCAAAGAAGCAAAACAAAAGCCAGAUAAGCGCCCUCCAAGAUCGUCUCGUAGUUUAGGUGGGGAAUUAUUUUCUCUCUGAGUUUUAACCUGCCCUAUUUAAAACUUUUUUUUUUUUUUUCCUUUUUUUUUCUUUUUUCUCUCUUCUUUCUUCUUUCUUCUUUCUUUAAAUAAAAAAAUAAUAGUAAGUCUAUAAAUGUUAUUAUGUUCAGUCAUACUGUAUUUGAGCCAGCUAUAAAACUAACACGAUAUAUAGUUU